GCUUAACUGUCUUCUGAGAAGGGGGUCAUUGAAGAGCCGGUGCCUCUCUCAGUCACUACAUCUGUGCAAUGGAAGGGACUGUGGUGGUGCUCAUAGUGUUGGCUGCCGGGAUUCCUGUCCUACAUGCAGCAGAUCAUGCUUUGGACGCUGCAUGGGAGGACUGGAAGAGUCUGCAUGGGAAAACCUACACUGAGGACUCAGAGGGCCACAGGAGAAUGAUCUGGGAGGAGAACCAUCGCUUCAUCCAGCAGCACAACUUGGAGGAGGCACAGGGGAAACACAGCUACAAGCUGGGGAUGAACCAUUUCGGUGAUCUGACUCAGAAGGAGUUCCAAAAGAUGAUGCUGGAUUUUAACUUGGCCUCUAUGGCAGACACUUCACUCCCUGUGUGGAACGGCAGUGUGCUGCAAGCCCCAACUGAGGUGGACUGGAGUAAAAAAGGGUAUGUGACUCCUGUGAAGAACCAGGGCCGGUGCGGCUCCUGCUGGGCCUUCUCUAGUACUGGUGCCCUUGAGGGUCAGGUGUUCAAGAAGACAGGCAAGCUCAUAUCUCUCAGCGAGCAACACCUGGUGGACUGCAGCAGACGGUAUGGAAACUACGGCUGCAACGGAGGUCUGAUGGAUCGGGCUUUCCGAUACAUCAAGGACAAUGGUGGGAUCGCCUCUGAAAAAAGCUACCCUUACAUAGCUCGGGAGAAGCCUUGCAGAUACAAGAGGAGUCAAAAAGCUGCCACUUGCAGAGGGUAUACCAUGUUGCCCCGUGGGAGUGAGAGAUACCUAAGAGAUGCUCUGGCUGCCAUCGGUCCAGUCUCUGUUGCUCUAAAUGCUGGUCGUAGAUCCUUCCAGUUCUACAAAUCUGGAGUUUAUUAUGAUCCACGAUGCUCUAAACAGAUAAACCAUGCUGUGCUCGCAGUGGGAUAUGGUGUAUCUUGGUAUGAAUUGGAAAACAAUGUCAGCUCACGCCGUCCUACUCGGUUCUGGAUCUUGAAGAACAGCUGGGGAACUCGUUGGGGAAACCAGGGCUACAUGCGAUUGGCUAGAGACAAAAGAAACCAUUGCGGAAUUGCUAUAUAUUCAGUCUUUCCGAAGGUGUAAGAGGUCUGCACACCAGUGAGAAGUAAAUGAAUCCACAGACAAAGCAAGGCAAAAAUGAGAUCAGGGACAUUGAAAUUGUUUUUACAAUGAGCAUUUUCAGAGAUUUAUAUCAUUCUCUCCUCAUACACACUGUUUUGAAAAAUUCCAGCUAUAUCAUAAAAAAUCACUAUUUGACAAAUUUGAAAAAAUUGAUACUGUAUAACGUGGAUAUUUUAGUCCUACUGUAAAAUCAGGACAUACUGUCUCACUGUAAUGUUUUUGGUUGAUUCUCACAGCUUGCAUGCGCAGUAAUGAUACCAGAUAUCAUUAUAUCUU